ACUACCAUGUAAACAUAUCAACCGUUCCUACCGAUAGCGGCAGUGCGAUCGCAACCUCCGUGUGCCGUAUAUCGUGUCUUCGCGCUAAUCAGAUUUACACCUGACCGUAUAACAUCAUACACACACACCGUGUGUGACCUUAAAAACAAGUGACACGCCGAUCAUAUGGUUGCUGUUAUGAAGUUCUUCAACGUGAAUUAAAAGACGACCCUUUCGACAAAGAUCUCGCCUUAUUGGAACAUAUUCAUCGAGAUGUUAUCGAUUGUAUAAUUAUCAAAAAAUAACUUCCCAGAUGGAAAUACGGAUAAGAACAACGUCGUCACCUCCAGGACUAUUUUGAAACAAUGCACGCAAUAUCGGGUCACCAAGUUGGUUUACUGUGCAAGAAGAGAACUCGGAGGAUUUGGAAUACGUAGAUUUUAGACUAAGCUCCAGAUGGGGGCUAAUAUGGGAAAAAAUGCUUCUCUUUUAGACGCCCUUCCAUCCGGACAGGGAACGUUACAUGUGGUAAUGCUAGGUUUAGACUCGGCAGGAAAAACCACUGCCCUAUACCGUUUAAAAUUCGACCAAUAUUUAAACACAGUGCCUACAAUUGGCUUUAACUGCGAAAAGGUCAAAGGUACUUUAGGUAAAGCAAAGGGGAUUAAUUUUUUGGUAUGGGAUGUGGGCGGUCAAGAGAAAUUAAGACCACUUUGGAAAUCGUAUACAAGAUGUACCGAUGGGAUAGUGUUCGUUUUGGAUAGUGUCGACGUUGAAAGGAUGGAAGAAGCGAAAAUGGAGCUUUUAAGGACAGUUAAAUCACCGGAAAAUACCGGAGUUCCGAUUUUAGUUUUGGCUAACAAACAGGACCUCCCUGGUGCAAGGGAACCGAGGGAAUUGGAAAAACUUCUCGGUUUAUUAGAGUUGGGUGGAAAUGCUGGUUCGUCGACAAGUGGACAUUUGUGGCACGUUCAACCAGCCUGUGCGAUAACCGGCGACGGUUUGCACGAAGGACUCGAAGUUCUCUACGAGAUGAUAUUGAAACGGAGAAAAUUGGCGAAAAUGUGCAAGAAAAAGACGCGAUAAUUAUUUUCUGCUAGCGCGCGAGUGUUCGAACGUGUGUUUUUUCUUAGUCAAUUCCUACUGAUUUGGAGGGAAUCAUUUUCGGGGUUGGAUAUUAAUCCUGAAAUCCUGCCUCUAGUCUGUGCCGCAUUAUAAAUCACUUGCCUUGUGUGAUUUUUGUCCGCCGUUGCGUGUGGGUGAGAAUGAAAGACUUGCACAAUAACAUCGAGAGGCUAUAUAGCCGUAAGAAAAGUAUUUUAAUCACGUCCCCUUUCUACUACUGUUGAUGAUUGAUGUAUUUUGCCAUAAGAAAAUGAUAUCUUUUUAGAAUAACAAACAAAAAUGAUAAGUAAAAGAAAUUUAUUAAUUCCAAUAUUUGAUCUUAGUGUUUGUUGUCUGUUUCUGGUGAUCAUUAAAAUUAGCCAACUUUACAAAAAACCAAAUUUAAUUUAACGUGUAUUUACGAAUUUAUUUGAUUUGAUAGGGUGCGUAAAAUAUACCGCUUCUAUUUAUGACUGAUAUGGUAUAUUUAACUCAGUUUCGCAAAAUCUUACAACGUUGCCAAUGUAUUUACCAAACAAACAUGGGAUUUAUAAGUAACACAAUUUCUAAAAAAUAUAUCAUGGUUAAACCACAAUUUAUUGAAAAACUGCACAAUUGACAUCACUUGAUAUGACAAAAUGUUAACGUUAAAAUAAUUGAAAUAUGACGAAAUGUUUACGCUUUCAUUUUGAAUUAUCUACUUCUGUUUUCAAGUCAUGAAAGCAAAAAAUUAUAAACAAACCCAAUAAAUAUUUUUAUGCAUCCUAUCACAUACUUUUGGUUAAAACAUUUCCUAGCUAAAAUUAAUAAAAACUUGAUAAAAAUUAAGAUAUAAACGAAUAAAUAAAACUAAUAUAUUGUGAUGAUUAAAAAGAACAAUGUUAAUGGAAUGUCAUAUCGUAACAACGUAGGAAAGAAAUUGAAACAGAUAAAAUAUAGUAUGUUCAACAAAAGCAACUUGAAAUUUUGAUUAACCGUACGUUAUUAAAUCUGACGAAUAGGAAUUUAUAUUAAAUUUAUUGAACAUAUUGUAUUGAUUUAUUUAUUGUUAUUACUUUACACAGAGCUUAAUAUAGUAACUACAAUAUAGUAACAAAAAUUCUUCAACCCUAAUUAUUUUCAAUUUACUUUGCGUAAAACCAACCAUUUAGAAAAAUAAGCAAAGUAAUAAGCAAAACGAAAGUAAAUUAAUAAUGAAAAAUCCUUAUAAAAAAAGCUGUCUAAAUGAAACCCGUCUAAUAAAAAACAUUGGCUAAAGGAAAGUAAAAUUCUUUACUACCCCAAGAAGCGCUUUAUUAAUGUCUGAUGUGCAAUUCCUAGUUGUUUAGAUGCUCUUGUAUUUCACGAUCGAAUUUUUAUACUACAAAGAAAUUAUUUAAAUGAAAAUUAGGAUUGAAAUUCACUGAGCCAUAAAAUUAAGAGCUGGCAAGUUUGGUUUCGUCGACCGUGGAAUACAACCGCGUUUUUUACCAAUACCAAAGGUGCUCAUUUAGUUGUAAGUAGGUUUUAGUUUUGUAUACCGUUAGGUCGCGCUAACCGAAUCGCUGCAGAUAUACUGUAAUUAUUGCUUUUUUUACUUUUUCGCGGUGUUACUAAAUAGUAAAUUUUGGCGAAUAAAAUCUUGUAAACUUCUUUCUUUAAUAAAAAUGUUGUUAAAAAAUAUAAUGAAAUAACAAACGAAACUAACAAAAAAGGCUGUGUAUUACCAACGGGAUUUUUACUGCUACUAUUUUUUAAAACCGUAAAUUUUGUAUAUAAAAAUAUUUAAAAAAAAUAUUUUUUUUUGUAAUUACAGUAUAAAUGUUAGCUUCCCAGACCAAUUUUGAGGUCAAUAUCGCGAACAUUUCUCAGCGUGAUGUUGCUUCGUAUUUUUGUUAUCGUUGCGUAGCGCCAAAUCAGCAUAUCCCUCUCUACAUGUAAAACUAUUAAAUUGUUAAUAAUUGUUUAAUGCCUUGCGCGAAAAAAUGGUCACGUAUUAAACGAGUAUAAUAAACAAAUUCAUUUAUUGUAUAGGUAUUUAUAUUUUCGCCAUGUCUGAUAUGAUUUGUACAUAUGUAUCUAAAUGUAAUAAAGAUUCAUUAUUAUUAUUUUAUUCCGUCAAUAAAAUUAUGUUUGUUUUCUAUUAA